ACCCUCGAAGUUUCGCCUUUGCUUUGCACUCUUUCUUCUCACUCUCCCUCCUCUGCUUCCUUCUUCGUCUCAUUUUUUUUCCCAAAACCCUUCUUUUUCUGAUACUGUUCCGUGUUCUCCGAUCUGGGUCGUAUUUUCUUCUUCUAAACCACGCUUUUUGGUUUCUCUGCUGAUCGAGUUCAUUGUUGAAUGCCGUGAUAGUUUCCUACUCUGUUAUUUGCUUUUGCUUUCUUUGGUUUCUUCACUGAUUUUUUAAUAGAGGUUUUGAGGAGAGGGAACAGUGGUGGAGAUCUAUCUCUACUGUAUUGUGGGUUUGCAUUGAACAGUAUGCGGUGGUGGAUGACUCUUUCUGUUGAUGUUUUUCGUAAAGUCAUCUCUUUGAACUUGUAUUGUAGAGUUAUUCUGUAAAUUUUGUCUUUCCAAACUGUGUAAUUUUUUUUCAUAGUCUUCUCAAGCCAUUUUACAGCGUUGUCUUCACAUGGGGUCCAGGUUUUUCAUUGUCGUUCCUUGUUAUGUCCGGCAGAUUAGCUGAACUAAGCUACAACCCUUUUCUUCUCUAAACUUAGUUUGCUGAUUGUUUAACUUUAGAUACACAAACUUUCUUUUGCUUCAGUUUCCCUUUUUAGAUCUUUUUAUUUCCCGUUGGUGCUUUGGUGAUAUAUCGUGUGGAAUUUAUCUCUUCGUUCGGUUUAGUUGAAUUCUGAUUUGCGUCCUGCUACGGUUUUAGAAGUGUUGUCCUUGGAAGAUUGUGGUUUUCUUCAUAUUUGAAGGGAUUUGGGAGGUAGUGAUGGUGUGCCAAGCAGCGAGCCAAACAAGAUUUCGGGCAUUAAAACACGAAAAUGGGAUUGCUGGGAGCGCCACCAUAAUUGUUAGAGUUAUAGCAUGCUUUCAACCCCUCCAGGAUUGCCAGGCUGAAUAUUUUCGUCAUUUGCUAAAACCUGUAACGUAGAUGAAUUAACGUUCGCGCUUUUGUGUUCAAGUUAAGCUGGAGUGUUUAGUUAUUUUCCUUUUUGGUUCAAAGAAAGAGAGUAAUCAGCUAAUCUAGUUGUACAUACUUCCUUCUGGUUUUUGUUUUAGUUGGAUGGGUCAGGAUUGCAGAACCUGGAAUUCUCAGUUGCACUAUAAUUUGCAAUCACCCUAUUUUAAUUCCUUGGGUUCACCAGUGGACUUGGGGCUUUCUGGACAUAUGAACUCAGGAACUAAUAAAAUGACCAUGAAUGGUACCUUGCUGACAAACGCAUUGUCAGGGGCUGCUCAGGUUGGCCAAGCAAGUGAACCUCAUGGUUGGUUUUAUUGUUUGCCCCAUUACAGACAGGCCUUUGUGCCUGCUUCAACAUCUGGUCUCAAAGAGAAACUUCCUUCAUGCCACAAUGAAAGUUGUGGGGAGACCCUGAAACCUAAUGUAGAAUCUGGAUGUGCUUCACGGAGAUUCUUUGUUGUUGAUCAAUCUGGGGAUCGAACAACUUUAAUUUUCAGUUCUGCAGCAGGAACAUCGGUUCAUUGCUGUGCAUCUUGGAAGCAAGAUCCCAAUGGCACUUGUAAUAUUAGUGGAGAAAAAAAUGGAAUUGAACUACUCUUGAUAAAUAUGUCUGAGCCAGUUCUAACCAAUGAAUCUCAUGAAAAUAAUGAAACUGGCAUAGAAAGUGAGAUGCACGAAGAUACAGAAGAACUCGAUGCCUUGCUUUACUCAGAUGAUGAGGAUGACUUUGAUUCUGCAAAGGAUGAUGAAGUUACUAGCACUGGUCAUUCUCCGAGUACAGUGACGGCUCAUGAUACAGGAGAUUGGUUCGAGGGAAGUGCAGACGAAGUUGCUAGUUGUGCUGGAACAACUAAGAAGCGGAAGCAUUGUGAUGAGAAACCAUCGCAUAUGGACGCUGCAAGUUCUGCGAGACCCUGUAGAUCCGCUGAGUUAGAGGAUGAUGCAGAAUCUAGUUGUGCCAACAACAGAAGUUCUGGGUUGAGAGAACUGGAUUUCUCUUCCACUAACAAGAAGAUUCGAAAGGAAAAAAUUCGUGACACUGUCAGCAUUCUGCAAAGCAUAAUUCCUGAUGGCAUGGGCAAGGAUCCCAUCGUGGUUCUUGAUGAAGCUAUCCAAUACUUGAAAAUGUUAAAGCACAAGGCUAAAUCUUUUGGGCUUGAGUCUCACUGAGUUUCAGUUCCUUUUGUGUGAGUGUUUUGUACUUGUAGUUUUGACAUUAGCAGUUCUCUUCGAUUUAUAAGUAUAUAAAGGGAGGUACGAUCUGAAUAAGUUGGGUACGUAUUAAUAUUAGCUAUUGUCUACACGAGUUUCCAGUGUUAAGAUGAUAUGAGAUACGCAUUUGGUAAAGAGGAAGCUUGAAACCCUCAACAUGUCUUUUCGUCAAAUGAUUACAGUGGAACUUUGCCAACUCUGGCUUCAUCACCGUCAUAUAUGGACUAGAAUGAUAAGGUGUUUUAUGUUGUGAUAAAUGGUGCUGAUCAUUUCUCAAGUCUCUGUAGUAAAAGAGAAAGUUGCACACUCUCACUUGUGCAUGGAAGGUAGUUCUCCAGUCAAAAAAGGAUUGGUUUAAUUUGAUCAAAGAGAACAGAGAGAGUGGUCAGUGGCGCACGGCCCCCCUCCCUGUCUUGGGGUCCUCAUUGUUCCCUUGCUUGGCAUGGCACCCUUUUGGUAUUUUCUUGUCAAAUCUAUUUUCUUUCCUUUUUUUCUCUGUAGUGGGGUUCUCUUGUUUUCCUGAUGUAUCAAAACUUUGCAAAGAGCGAAACUACUUUCCACUUUCAUCAUGCAACUUGUGAAGAAGGGCCUUUGCCUUUUCACCUAGUUUGAUAGCCAUUUUAGUGCAAAGAGAACAAACUAUGAGAAUCUCGUUUGAAUGUAUAAUUGGUAAGUUUGGUUGCUGGAAAACUCUCUGUAUAAGGAAAAAAAUGUUUUGUACCCAAAGAGAUGGAUGUUAUUAUGGUUGUGUUCGAUAACUUCUUUAGUUCUUAGUUAUUGAGUUGCAUCUGUUUGUUUUAGUGAAUACUGGUUUUUGUCCUUGUUUUUGUUACAAGGAGAUGUGUGUGAGAUAAUCUUUUGUUGGGUUGUGA